AUGUCCAAGGAUCUCCACCCAACCACGGACCCCACAACAAUGGGGGUGGGACGCUCCAUUGCUGUGCUGACGUCAGGAGGAGACGCCCAAGGUAUGAACGCUGCUGUGAGAGCCACAGUCAGAGUCGGUCUCUACACUGGAGCCAAAGUCUACUUUGUCCAUGAGGGCUACCAGGGUCUGGUGGACGGAGGAGACAACAUUCGCCCGGCUACAUGGGAGAGUGUGUCCAUGAUGCUGCAGCUGGGAGGUACUGUCAUUGGCAGCGCUCGCUGCAAGGACUUCCGCACCAGAGAGGGUCGUCUGAAGGCAGCAUGUAACCUAGUGAAGCUGGGCAUCACCAACCUGUGUGUGAUCGGAGGAGACGGCAGUCUGACAGGAGCCAACCAGUUCAGGACUGACUGGAGUGCACUGCUGCGUGACCUCAUCCAAGCUGGUAAGAUCACAGAAGCAGAAGCCAAGAAAUCUUCCCACCUGAACAUCGUGGGCAUGGUGGGCUCCAUUGACAACGACUUCUGUGGCACCGACAUGACCAUUGGCACUGACUCCGCCCUGCACCGCAUCAUUGAGGUGGUGGAUGCCAUCACCACAACUGCACAGAGCCACCAGAGGACGUUUAUCCUGGAGGUGAUGGGCAGACACUGUGGGUACCUGGCCCUGGUGACAGCUCUUGCCUGCGGUGCAGAUUGGGUGUUCAUUCCAGAGAUGCCACCAGAUGAUGACUGGGAGAACCACCUGUGCAGGAGGCUGACAGAUCAAAGAGCCCGAGGAUGUCGUCUGAAUGUGAUCAUUGUGGCUGAGGGUGCGAUGUCCAGAGAUGGCAAACCAAUUACAUCUGACCAGAUCAAGAAGCUGGUGACUGACAGGCUCGGCUUUGAUACUCGCACCACUAUCCUCGGACACGUACAGAGAGGAGGAACACCGUCCGCCUUCGACAGAAUCUUGGGCAGCAGGAUGGGUGUGGAGGCAGUGAUGGCGCUGCUGGAGGCCACUCCAGAUACUCCUGCCUGUGUGGUCAGCUUGUCUGGGAACCAGGCAGUCAGACUGCCGCUCAUGGAGUGUGUGCAAGUGACCAAAGAUGUGACUGCCGCCAUGGCCGAGGGCAGAUUUGAUGAGGCCAUCAAGCUCAGGGGAAAGAGUUUUGAGAACAACUGGAACACAUACAAGCUGCUGGCUCACAUCAACCCCCCAGACACUAAGAGCAACAUCAAUGUGGCCAUCAUGAACAUUGGAGCUCCCUGCGCUGGUAUGAACGCUGCCGUCCGUGCUGCAGUCAGGAUGGGCAUCAUCCAGGGUCACUCCAUGUUGGCUGUCCAUGACGGCUUUGACGGUCUGGCUCAUGGACAGGUUGAGCCUAUCACCUGGACCUCAGUGUCUGGCUGGACUGGAAAAGGAGGCUCAAUGCUGGGCACUAAGAGAACUCUUCCAGGUAAAUUGUUGGAGGAAAUCAGCCAGAAUAUUGCCAAAUUCAACAUCCACGCUUUGGUGAUCAUCGGUGGAUUUGAGGCCUUUGUGGGAGGUCUGGAGCUGGUUCAGGCCAGAGAGAAAUAUGAGGAGAUGUGCAUUCCCAUGGUGGUUAUCCCCGCCACUGUCUCCAACAACGUCCCCGGCUCUGACUUCAGCAUCGGUGCUGACACCGCCCUCAACACCAUCACCGCUACCUGUGACAGAAUCAAGCAGUCUGCGGCAGGGACCAAACGCCGUGUGUUCAUCGUUGAGACUAUGGGAGGAUACUGCGGCUACUUGGCCACCAUGGCUGGUCUGGCUGCUGGAGCUGAUGCCGCCUACAUUUAUGAGGAAAAAUUUGCCAUUAAAGACCUGCAGGUGAACGUAAGUCAUCUCGUGGAGAAGAUGAAGACAACAGUGAAGAGAGGUUUGAUUCUCAGGAAUGAGAACUCUAAUGCCAACUACACCACUGACUUCAUCUUCAACCUGUACUCAGAGGAAGGCAAAGGAGUCUUCGACUGCCGUAAGAACGUCCUCGGACACAUGCAGCAGGGUGGCACUCCAACACCCUUCGACAGAAACUUCGGCACAAAGAUGGGUGCAAAGACUGUUCUGUGGCUGACUGAGAAACUCAAGGAGUGUUAUAGGCAUGGUCGUAUCUUCGCCAACACACCGGACUCUGCCUGUGUGCUGGGCAUGAGGAAGAGGGCGCUCACCUUCCAACCACUUGCUGACUUGAAAGGAGACACAGAUUUUGAGCACCGCAUCCCUAAGACACAGUGGUGGCUGAAGAUCAGGCCCAUCAUGAAGAUCCUGGCCAAGUACGACAUCGAACUAGACACAUCUGAACAUGCCGACAUGGAGCAUGUGAUCAAGAAGAGGAGUCCUAUCGUGAAAUAGGCUUAGUCUGCUCCCAAGAACAGAGCGAGGCAAUUUUUCUGUUCCAUUACAUGAAGUAUUUCUCUUAUCCCAUUAGUUGUCCACACACCUUGGUAAAAGAGCUGCAGUCUUAUCCUUUCUAGUCACUGAAGUCCAGGUAAUCUCAAUCUGCAGCGAUGCUCUGUAGCUCUCUCAGCUUCUAAAACCUUCAGUGAAUUGGUUUUGAAAAAAGAUACUAGAUAUCAUGAAACAAAUUAAAGAUAUAUUUACAAAAAUGUAAUUGUUUGUCCUUUAUGUGAAAUAGAGCAGAAUGUGAACUGUCCUGAGAAAAGGACAAUUCACAUAAAAAAGUAUUAAUUUGCAACAGUAUCCUUGUAUAUGUACAGUAAAAUGCUUCUAGACUACUCAGAAGUAAAGGUUGCUGCAGUUUUUAUGACAAAGAUGAGUGGGAGAAACAGCAACUGCAAAAGUAAACAUUCAGGAAAUACUGAUACAUCAAUCCAUCGUGUUGCAUCCACGUACUACUGUUUAUUGAGUCAGCUGCAGUUGUGGACAGGUAAAGAUGGAUGGUGCCUGGAAAAUUGCCCGAAAAUUGCACAGUAAAUUUGAAAUGACCGACUUCCUGUUGGAUUUAAA